AUGUCGCACAAUGACCAACUCACGCACGCUAUGGCUGGUGCGGCGGGAGGAGUUGUCGCAAUGACCAUGACAUACCCACUUAUUUUCCUCUCAACUCGAGCAGCUGUGGAGAUCAACAAGGAAGACAAGUCCACAUAUCAAGCCAUAAUGGAUAUCAUUCAAACCGAAGGACUUCGAGGUCUGUAUAGCGGGCUGAAUUCCUCGUUACUUGGGAUCGCCGUGACCAAUGGCGUGUAUUACUUCUUUUAUGAAAAGUCUCGCUCGGUCAUCUUGACUUCGUCUCCGAGAAAAGGGAAUGCACUCUCAACAUUAGAGUCUAUGCUCGCUGGUUUGGUCGCCGGUUCGGCGACAAGCAUAGCAUCUAACCCCCUAUGGGUUAUUCAAACAACCCAGGCGGUACGCACGCUCCCAUCGACUACUGCUCCUUCGAAGGCGCCUGAGCCUCAAGGACCAAGGAAGAAGCUUGGCUUCUUUGCUACCAUUCGAUGGAUCCUGCGUACAGAUGGGCCUGCUGCCUUUUGGAGGGGUAUAGGACCAGCUUUGGUGUUGGUUAUCAACCCCAUCCUGCAGUACACAGUGUUUGAACAGCUCAAGAAUGCUCUAGUAGCUCAGCGUACUCUUAAGCUCAGGACUGCGAAAUUAAAGGGAAUUCCGACGCUUUCUAGUCUUGACUACUUCCUAUUGGGUGCAUUAUCGAAACUUGUUGCUACUACGAUAACCUACCCAUACAUUGUCAUUAAAUCGCGCAUGCAGUCGGGACAUGCUCAUACUCGUGAGUAUAAAUCAGCCUGGGACGGCUUGAGCAAGAUUAUGCAGCGAGAGGGUGUUGCUGGCUUGUAUCGAGGCAUCGGGAGCAAGUUAGCGCAGAGUGUUUUGACCGCCGCCAUACUGUUCGCAGGCCAAAAGCGCUUCUAUGAGCUAAUCAAAACCAUACUGUCUCCGAGAAUCGUCAAGUCAAGAAAUUAA